AUGAUCGUCGUUGACCCGCAGUCUGCGCUUCUCACGAAUGCGGAGGUGUAUGACUUUCUAAAAGCGCAGAAACAGCGUCCGGCCGACAAGAAGCUCGGUGCCUACGAACCCGUCAAUCUAGCCAGCUGCAUCCAAGUACGAAAGGAUGUUCAAAAAUAUAUUGAUAUCACCGCUCCCCACACUGCUUCUCUUCCGGCACCAGAGGCUUACAUGAGUGAGGUUGUCAAGCGGCUUCGUCAAUUCGACCUCACAAAGACCGAAGUCUAUUCCAUCGUCAAUCUAGGGAUCGGCUUGCCGCGGGUCCAGCCCUCCGUGAAUGGGGAAGCUGAAGGCAUGGAAGUUGACGGCCAGGAAGAGGCGACAACCAAUGGAAUGGAGCCAAUUGCUCAGAUCACGAUGCCUGACGAUGAUGGUGACGACGCUACUGCAGAGGCGGAUGCUGCAGAUGACCAGAGUGGUCGUUAUUUGCUUGGACUUGUUGUUGAAAACCUUGACGAGCGAUUUUCUGGCGAGGAAGGCGACGACAAGAUUCAGGCCAUUAUUCGAGUUCUGAGAGGGUGCACUGCUCUAUCCACAUCUACCACUAACGGUGAUCAUGAAGCGCACCCUAGCUGA